AUGUCUUCGAAUAUGCCAUUUGAAAUAAUAUUUAUAUCCUAUGACGAUGAUCGACAAGCGUUUGAUAGAUGCUAUAAAACGAUGCCAUGGAAAGCACUUCCUUAUGGAAGUUUACUAGCACACAUUUUACAUAAAGGUUUUGAUAUAAAGGACCUGCCUAUAUUAAUCGUAUUUGAAACAAACACUGGUGAAAUUUUGACAAAAAAUGGCUUCAAAUUAAUUAAUCAUUUGAAAAUGAAUGCAAUUGAACAAUGGAGUAGAGGACAACAGAUAAGUGGUACACUACCACUGAUCCCACCUGACGAGUGUAUUUGGACAACUAAGAUGUGUGAUGAAUGUGAAGUCAUAAAACCUAUUGUAGGUUUGAGAUAUAACUGUAAAAUAUGA